AUGGAAGUUGACGACCCAAUCACUAUUCACGACCAUGAAGCGUUCGCUGCCAAGAACAUGCCUGAACUGGGGCAUGACGUUGAGGAUUUCGCUCACUGUACUUGGAGACUAACGAAGUGGAAAAGCCUGGAGAAGAGGCUUACCGGUCCGGAAUUUGAGUGCGGUGGUCAUCGAUGGCGCAUAUUGUUGUUUCCUGCUGGAAAUUCGAACGCUCCUCCAAACGAAUCGGUGUCAAUAUAUCUGGACUAUGCGGACCCAAAGUCAUCAAAUGACUGGCAUGCCUGUGCACAAUUUUCCCUCGUCAUGUCUAACAUUCACGAUCCCAGUCUCUACGUUGUCAGUCAUGCACACCAUCGAUUUGUCCCCGAAGAGUGUGACUGGGGUUUCACACGAUUCCACGAUCUUCGGAAACUCUACAUCAGUCAGGAAGGACACAAACGACCCGUCAUCGAGGAAGACAGCGCCGACGUCUCCGUUUUUGUCCGUGUGCUAAAAGAUCCUACGGGUGUUUUAUGGCAUAAUUUCGCUAAUUAUGAUUCGAAAAAAGAGACCGGAUAUGUUGGCCUGAAGAACCAGGGCGCAACAUGCUACAUGAAUUCUCUGUUACAAUCCCUUUACUGUACUCAUUACUUCCGAAAAGCUGUCUAUCAGAUCCCUACCGAAAGCGAUGUGCCUCAUGAGAGCGUCGCGCUGGCGCUGCAACGUGUCUUCUACCACUUGCAGACGUCUGAUCUCCCCGUUGGCACGACCGAGUUGACGAGAUCAUUCGGUUGGAAGUCUUUAGAUUCUUUUAUGCAGCAUGAUGUCCAGGAGUUUAAUCGAGUCCUCCAGGACAAAUUGGAAAUCAAGAUGAAGGAAACAGACGCUGAAGGUGCUAUCAACAAACUUUUUGUGGGGAAGAUGAAGAGCUACAUCAAGUGUGUUAACGUUGAGUUUGAGUCGGCGCGGACGGAAGAAUUUUAUGAUAUCCAGCUGAAUGUGAAAGGGAUGAAAAACCUUCAAGAGUCUUUCCGGGAUUAUGUUGCUGUCGAAACACUUGAAGGCGACAACAAGUAUCAAGCGGAAGGAUUCGGAUUACAGGAUGCCAAGAAAGGGGUCAUUUUCCAGUCAUUCCCCCCCGUGUUGCACCUCCAACUUAAGCGAUUCGAAUAUGAUAUCCAACGUGAUGCGAUGGUCAAGAUCAAUGACCGACAUGAAUUCCCUUUCGAGAUCGAUCUCGGCGAGUUUCUCGAUGAGAGUGCUGAUCGCACAGAGUCGUACAUAUACAAGCUACAUGGCGUCCUUGUGCACUCUGGCGAUUUGCAUGGCGGACACUACUUUGCGUUGAUUAAGCCAGAUCGGGACGCAAGGUGGCUGAAGUUUGACGAUGAUAGAGUUACCCCUGUCACGGAUAAGGAAGUUUUGGAGGAGAAUUAUGGCGGUGAAGCCCUGAACGGGGUGUUGCCCCAGGUUCAACAGCGGAACCAAGCACGAAAUGCUGUCAAACGGUUUACGAACGCGUACAUGUUGGUUUACGUCCGCGAAUCAGCUAUGGACUGGGUUUUGUCGCCUUUCACCGAAGCUGAUACACCACCGCACCUAAAGCAACGACUCGAUGAAGAGCGUGCUGCCCAGGAAGCCAAGAAACGGGAACGGGAUGAACAGCAUCUUUUCCUUACAGCUAAAGUCAUCACCGACGAAACAUUCCGUCGUCACCAAGGUUUUGAUCUCGCCUCGUUUGAUGACCGCGUGUGGCCGCCGUCAGAACUUCCUACAUUCCGAGUCCUGAAAACAGAGUCGUACCUUCAGUUCAAGUCUCGAGUAGCAGAGCAUUUCCACUUCCAGGAGAGUCAAAUUCGACUUUGGGUUCUGGUGAAUCGUCAAAACAAGACCGUGCGACCCGAUACUCCAAUACCUGAAAACGAACACGGGUUAAAUAUUGAGCUUGUUCGUAACAACAUGGCUGCACGGCAAGCGGACCUGAAACUAUACCUCGACGUUGUUGACGAUGAUUAUAGCGCCAAUAAGAGCCUGGACAGUAAUGCCGUGAUGAUCUUUCUGAAGCAUUUCAGUGUCAACGACCAGACACUAAAAGGCAUUGGGAAGGUUUAUGUGCAUCGAAAUAGCAAAGUGGGCGAUAUGGUGCCAACCAUCAAUGAGAUGAUGGGUUGGGCGGGUUCCACUCCCGUCAGGCUGUAUGAAGAAAUCAAACCAGGAAUGAUAGAGCUCAUGAAGCCCAAAAUGACUUUCGCGCAGAGUGAGAUCCAAGAUGGCGACAUACUUUGUUUCCAGGUCGAAAUACCGGAACGAGAGGUACACGACCUGGAGUCACAAGGGUUGUACCCAAGUCCGGUUCAAUAUUAUGAUUUCUUGCAGAACCGGGUCCUUGUCCACUUCAAACCGAGGUUCGAGGACCAAGAUAAGGAAGAAUUCAAUCUUGUGUUGAGUAGAAAAACGAACUAUGAUACGAUGUCAACUAAAGUAGCAGAACACCUCAACCACGAGCCCCUUAAACUCCGAUUCACCUCUUCGAACCCCAACGGGACCCCAAAAUCUAUCUUGAAAAGAUCGUUGAACCAAAUGAUAUCCGACGUUAUGGGACCCGUCAAUCACAAUUCCUCGCCAUCUGUAGUAAUCUUCUAUGAGCGCCUGGAGAUAAGUAUCAUAGAGCUUGAGACCAAACGAAGUCUCAAGAUCAUAUGGACUGGCAUUAACAACAAAGAAGAGGCCACAUUCCCAUUCCUCCUACCAAAGAACAACGUAGUUCACGAUCUCAUUGGCCAUAUUAACCGCCAGGUCACUCUUAAUCCUAGUGGUUCCAAUAAAAUUCGUGUAUUCGACAUCUCGAGGGAUGGACGGCGACAGAGAGAACUGACUGGGACAGAACUGUUAGGCACUCUCAGCGAUACUGAGUUCUAUGCGGAGGAAAUUCCAUUAGAUGAACUCGAGUCCAGGGACGCAGAAAAGAUCAUCGACGUCUUUCAUUUCACCAAGGAAACGUCAAGAACGCAUGGCGUCCCGUUUCGCUUUGUUCUUCGACAAAGUGAGAGGUUUUCGGACACGAAGAGGCGGCUUCAGGCACGCAUGGGUGUCAGUGACAGCACCAUAGCAAAGUACCGAUUUGCCUUGGUGCAAACGUCUCAUUUCAAGCAGCCGUCGUACAUUGCUGACGAGGACAUUGUGUAUGAUCACAAGUGGCUGCCUGACGAUGCGCUAGGUCUCGAUCACGUUGACAAGUCUGGCAGGGCAGGCCGAACUGGUGUCAAUGAGCGGGCUAUUGUCAUCAAAGGGUGA